AUCUUCGACCUGGCGGCCGGCUACUGCCCCCUCAGCCACUUCCAGUGGCAGAGCGUCUGCCCGGGAGAGGGGACGCGGGGCUGCUACGUUCCCGCUCGCUGCUUCUCGGUGGAGAAGUUCUGCAGGCACUUCAGUCACCUGAACAAAAGCCUGCUCCCUCUCUUUGCCGCCAUGAACGGGAACGACUACGUCGAUCUGGCAGCCCUCGAGGUGUUCUUCUGCAAGGUGCGCUUGCCCAAGGGCUGCGCGGCGGGGAAAGGGGGGAAGCACGCCCGCCUUCAGGGGCUUCUGCGGUGGUUGUCGCAGUUUGCUGAGCCCACCGAAGCCAUCGACAGCGUGCUGAAAUACCUUAAGAAACACCAGAGAGAAGAAAUAAGGGAGCUUCUGUGCACUUCAGUGGAGGAUUAUACUCCGUCUGAUGUGAACCUUGAGGACUUUUUUCAGAAUGGGAAGUAUGAAUGUGAGGCUGCCAGGAAAGCAGACUUACCACGGUGGGUACUCGAUGCUUUGGCAAAAGGUAAGCUGGCCCCAUUCAUCAGCGAUGCCCUGAUACUAAGAAGUACCUUCCUCCACGUUCAGGUGGAGAACAUGCAGAGACCUAGCGUGCACAGCACAGCUUUGCCCAUUCGACAAGUUAUCUAUGGACUACUUCUGAAAGCAUCUCAAAAUACUGAAGCUGCUUCUCCAAGUCAGCAGACCAACAAGCUGCCAGUUGUAUGUGAAUUUGACAGAUUCCAAAAGACACUUAAAAAAACAUUUGUUCAAGCAGCAAGCCUACCCACAGAUUUUUGUGAUGAUCAUUUUCCUUUGGAGAAGUUAAUUGAGGUGCCCGUAUCAUGCCGUCAGAUGCUUUUGCUGGAGACUCUAGGAGUGAAAAUAAGUUUCCUAGAAUCUAUCCCCAGUCACUUACAACUCCCAAUUGCUGUAACGUGUUACUGGAUAUGUUGUUCUGAACCAAAAGUUAAGUUGCAUCAGUUAAAGGCUUUACUUCUAAUGAUAGUGUCUGGAGAACUUCACAGGAUAACAAAUGAUCCAGGCUUUACAGUGGGACCCUUGUGCACAGACUGUAUCAAGAGCUUAAAUUAACACCUUCAGUGGAAAAUCUGUUCAGUUCAUCUCCAAAAAUGA